AUGUCGCAUCCGUCCAUCAAGAUCGACACAACCGUCCAGACUACCAAGCGAGGUCUGCCGGCUGACAGCGAUGGCCUUGAGAUGCCUGAGCAGGGAAAUCCCCGGUUGGAGGUGGGAGAUACGGACGAUGUCCCGCCGUUCCUGUGCCAAUCGGUCUCGGAGAUUCACGACAAGUUUGAGGACCUCGAGUGGAUGCAGCGGACGCGCCUGGCCGAGGGCAUGCUGUCCAAUGAUCCCGCCCACCCCUACGCCCUCGAGGGCGAUCCGAAAGUCAAGGCCCGGAAUCGAUAUGUCAAUGUGCAGGCGUGGGCCAACUGCCGCAUCCAUCUGCGGGUGCCCGAGGGCGAGUGUGACUUCAUCAACGCCUCUCCCAUCACCUUGAAGGACUCCGUCACGCAGGAGGAGAGGAGCUAUAUUGCGACACAGGGACCCAAGCUUGGCCAUCUCUCACACUUUUGGCACAUGGUCUUCCAUGAAAGCAAGGAUGUGGGGGUGAUUGUCAUGCUGACCCAGACCUUCGAGGCGGGCCGGGAGAAAUGCGCCCAGUACUUCCCUCUGGACUCGGAGCAGCCUUCGAUGAUUCUAUCGGAAGAGGAGUCGGACCCCUUCGUGAAUGAUGAAUCCAGCCAGGAGGAACCUUCCCGGGGCGUUGGCAAGGUCAGCUUGUUAGAGUCGACUUUCGAUGCCAAAUCACGCUCAGAGAUCCGAAAGCUUGAGCUGACCAUCGGCUCGGAGUCGAAGAUCGUCUGGCACUUUCUCUUCGCAGGCUGGGCGGAUUAUUCCAAGCCAGAGGGAAGCGACCGUGAAGCACUGCUUGAACUGAUUAGACUGUCGGCCUCCAAAUGCAGCCCUGACAAUCCACGUGUGGUCCACUGCAGCGCCGGCGUCGGCCGCACAGGAACCUUCAUCGCUCUCGACCACCUCUUGCAAGAGCUGGAAUCGGGCCAGCUGCUGCAGGUAGCCGAUCCCGAGACCGACCCUGUUUUUGAAACAGUGAAUCAGAUGCGGGAACAACGCAUGAUGAUGGUCUACAACGAAAUGCAGAUGCAGUUCAUCUACGAGGUUCUCCGAGAGCAGGCGGAUUCGAAGCUGGGCAAGAUCCCAGUGCAGAACAAUGAGUCGCCUGAAAGCCAACCGGAUGAGCCGCGAUCUGCCAAGGUGGCCAAGUUGGGCGACCAACCCGACUACUUGCCUGCGUCGAAGCCUGAAUUGGAGGCUGUCCCCGACCGAGUUGCAACUCCGAAUGGAACGUCCGAGGUCUCCGACAAUGAUUAA